AUGCGUUUCUCACUCGCUGCUCUCAUUCCUCUCGCUGUGCUCGUCGCCCCGGUGCUCUCCGGCGCCGUCAAGGCUGAACACAAGGGCGAACACAAAGACGAACACAAGGGAGACAAGCACUCCCAGUGCGGAUUCAAGUGCCCCCAACAAUGGCCUGACACUGAGUCUACUUGGGAGCCAGUCUUUGAGAACAAGAGUGACUGGAGUGGAUGGAAGUCGGGCAAGUACACCCCCGUCACUACUGGAUACGUUUCCAAGGAUACCUUUGAGCUCGACUGUAAGAAUAUUUGCUUGGCUCACGAGAAAUGCAGCUCUUGCCAAGCCUUCUCACUCGAGGAAGCCGCAGAGGAGUUCAUCUGUGCACUCUUUGAGGAAAUCAUCGACAUUUCGACUUGGGAGGACGAUUGUGAUGAUGAUAAGAGUGGCGAGAAGUACUACGACACUUCUUGCUGGAACGUUCAGUUCUAA